AUGGCGGCGAGCCUACUAUCCCACGUCGUCUCCGACCUCUGCAUCGGCAAGCCGCCGGUGCGCGUUAUGCCGCCGUCCACUCCCGUCGCGGUCGUCCUUGCGGCGCUCCGUGCCACUGCCGGCGCCGACCCCUUCGUGUUCGUCGAUGCGGAGAUCAACUCCCGCGGGAAGAAGACCCCCGCCGGGUGCGUCACCAAGGUCAGCAUCGCGGACGUGCUCUGCUAUGUGUGCGGCGACGCGGACAACCUCACCGACCCCGCGGCAGCGAUCGGCCGGCCCGUGUCCGCGCUCGCGGCGGCCGCGGCUGGAGGCGAUCACGGCGCCGCGUUCCGAGUCGACUCGCAGACGAGCCUGCUCGACGCCAUUGACGCUUUGCUGAGCAACGGCUCCCAAAGCCUGGUCGUCCCGCUCCACGCGCGCGCCAGCAGGAAGCACCACCUCGUCUCCGGCUGCUCCCCUGCCAACGGCGGCGCCGCUCACUACUGCGUGCUGACGCGGGAAGACAUCGUCCGCCACCUCUUCAGCUACUCCAUCUCCCUCUUCUCCCCCGUCGCGGCGCUCACCGUCGCCUCCCUCGGUCUCGUCCGCCAGGACGUGCGCGCCGUCCAUGCCGACGACGACGCACUCGACGCUAUCCCGCUUCUGCGGAGAUCCAUCGCAGACGGCACAGCCGUGGCCAUCGUCGCCGACGAAGACGCCCUGGUCGGCGAGAUUUUUCCCGGAGUUCUCGGCUCGUGCGACGUCGAUUCAUUGUCUGCGGCCUUCGCCGCGCUCUCUGCCGGCGACGUCAUGACAUACAUAGACUGCUCAUUGUCUCCGCCAGAGUUCUUGCUUCGCUCAAUCCGGGCGCAGCUCAAGUACAGGGGACUGGACGCCAUGGCCGACCUCAUGGACACAGCGGACGCUGCCUCUCUGUCGUUAUCCCCAUCGUCUACCCCGUCGGCAUCGUCGGACGAGGAUUCACCUUUGGGUCAUGCGCGGCGCGCAAGGAGGGCCUCUUCGGGAAGCUUCAGGUGGCGGUCGACGGAGGACGUGGCCGCGUGCCAUGCUGGGAGCUCGCUAGUGGCAGUCAUGGCGCAGGCUCUGGCGCACCGAGUCGGGUACGUCUGGGUUGUCGACGAGGUCAGCGGCGCCCUAACCGGAGUCGUGAACUUCGCAGAUGUACUAGCCGUGCUCCGCGAGCAUCUCCGUGCAGGUGCCACGCAGAUGAACUGAUCAAGUAGCAGUUCAUUCGCAGUUUUGCACUUGUGUGUAAUGUUUUAUACGAACAAGAGAUAAA